GCUUAAUCCUUCUCUUUGGCUCUGUGUUCCUCUACUCCCUCUUUCUCUGAGAGCCACACCUACACAGACACCCAAAAACUCUCUCUUUCUCUUUGUUCUCAUCUAUCCAUAUGCUCUCGAGCGGCAUAUUCUUGUCGAUUUGCUAGCACCAUGACAAAACAGUCAUCAAUGGAUAUGUAGCUUUACACCCACCAUAACAAAUCCAAUAAUCUAAGUUUUCGACCAGAAAUUGGUCGAUCAUCUUCUCCAUCUGAUUCUCAGAGGAUUCCUUCACUGGUGCUCUUAAAGGCCCUUGUGUUUCUCAAAAUGACCCACAUGCAAGGGGACAGAAGUGUUUUGGACUCCUUUCCAGAAAACAUUGAUCUUAAUCAGGGAUCCGUUUCAAAUAAUGCUUCCAUGGAUGCGACAGCUCCCUGGGAUAGCUUUCGGAAUCCAGUAGAGAAUCGAUUGUCAAAUCCCUUGCUUUCUCCUUCUGGAAGAAAUCCUAGUUAUGUUAAUGGUGUUAAUUAUAAUGCUCAAAGAUUUAGUGGCUGGGAUCAAGGUGAAUCCAGCUCCACUGCUAAUUUGCAUGACCGCACACGUGGCAGUGACUUGAAAAUAGGACAAGGUUGGACUUCUUCAUCAAAUGAUUAUGUUAUGAUUAAUCCAAGGUCAGAACACCGAUUUGAACCUUCUAAUGUCUUUUCUGCAAGCGGUUAUGGUGGCAAUCAUGUAAUUGGCAGGCCUCCUAGUGUAUCAUCAAGCCUUACCUUGGAUCAUAGUCCAGUAAAUGCUAAUUUGAGUGGUGGAUACAAUAAUGAUGAUGGUCGCCUGGUCAUGCGAACAAGUGUACCUCCACUUCACAAAUCUGAUAGGUCGGAAGCGGUGCAUCCUCCGGCUUUUGGUGCAUCUGAUGACAGUGGUACCUUUACAGGUAGUUCUGGUUAUUUGACAGGGAAAAGUAAUGUAUCAAGUUCUUCUAUGGAUAAUUGGGGUUCAUCUUGCAAGCGGAAGGCUAUUGAAGGCAAUUCUGGACAUUCUUUUGCAGGUGGAAGUUCAAGCUCCAAUGCAAGACCUGAGAACACUGUACAGCAUAACUAUCCAAGUAGUAAUAAUGCUUCGAGCAGCUUAAACAUACUACCCCGUUCUGCAAAUAUGCAGAAUGUUGGUUAUCUGGAGAAUACUUAUCCAAGAAAUGGGGUUGGUAUAAGUAUGUCUGCUUCUGAUGUAUUUCCUCCAUUAAGUGCUGGUGGAAUUGCAGAAAGCUCUGCAAGAAAUUUUGGUGCUAUAGCAAAUCUUGUGAAUCAGGAUCUCAUUACAUCUGGUUUACUUCCGAUUGGCACUACUGUAGGGCAUUCUAGUGUCAGCCCUGCCCAUGUGCCACCUGGAUCUGCCUCAGUAACAAGCUCUUUGGACUCGAGACAACCAUUUGCACUGCCAAUGAAUUCAGGUAACCUUGGAAGCCAGUCUCACAUGAUGCAAGUUCCUGGUUUUUCUAGAGGUUUUCACUCGUUUCCCUGGGAUGCAUCUCCUAGUUCACGAGGCGGUAGUUCAUCAAUGAUUUCUGGAGAUAGAGGCGCUUCAUUGGGAGAUGAAGCUAACUUCAGUACUGUCAGAAAUAAUGGGGAGUCCCAUCCAUUUGUUCCUGUUCCUGAGACAAGAAAUAUGGUACUUGACCCCACAAAUUGGAGCUUAGCUACUGCGAAUGCAACCUCUUCUAGAAAUAUUCCUAGCUCUGCAGUGGGUCCUGGUUCAAGAGCACGUAAUUCUCCUACUGCAUGGGCUAAUCAGAAUUCAGCAACUACUAGCUAUGAUGGAUUACCAGAAUUUGCUCCUUGGGUUCUCUUCCCAUCAGGUGAGCCCGAGUCUGGAAGUCAGAGAGGUCAUUCUUCUCUGCUGCCUUCAGCUGCUUCUUCCUCAGAGGAGCCAGUGAUGUCUUCCCGAUAUAGUAGCCGGGGUAACCGUCAACCACAUCGUAGAUCGAGUUUGAUGGUUGAUCCAGGUGAUGAUGUGGAUGGUUGGCGUGCUUUAGCUGCUGAUGUUGAGGGUCGACACAGACUGAUUCGUCAAGUCCUGAAUGCCAUGCGGAGAGUCGAAAACUUGAGAUCAGAGGAUUAUAUGUUGGUUGAUCCAUUUAUCAAUGGAGUUGCUGAGUUCCAUGAUAGGCAUAGGGCCAUGAGGCUCGACGUUGAUAAUAUGUCCUAUGAGGAACUAUUGGCUUUGGAAGAACGUAUAGGAAAUGUAAACACAGGCUUGAGUGAAGAAACAAUUUCGGUCAAUAUGAAACAGCGGAAGCAUGGGUCUGUACGUGGACGGUCCUCAUCCAACUUGGAACCUUGUUGUAUAUGUCAGGAGGAAUACACAGCUGGAGAUAUCAUGGGCAUGUUGAAUUGUGGGCAUGAAUUCCAUACUAAUUGCAUUAAGCAGUGGUUGGUCCUGAAGAAUACCUGUCCCAUAUGUAAGAUGACUGCCUUGGAAACUUGAAAGAAUUACUUGCGACAGCUAUUUUUUCGUCUUCUAUUUCCUCCCCGUGUUCCAGUUAAGAAGACGGUGAACGAACACAAAAAGAAAAAUAAGGGAGGUUCUUGUCAACUUAGUAAUACUAUACUAAGGCUCCUGGAAAAUCCUACUCAUGAUGGAACCAAAGGAGUUGCAAGUACAAAGAUUUGACAUUGUGUUGAGGGAAUUAUUUAAACCUUU